AUGACGGGCAUAGAUGCAACGACUCAACCACUACCAGCAUAUAAAGUAGUGGUGUUAGGAGAAUCAUCAGUUGGCAAAACUUCAUUAGUUCAUAGAUUCACAUCAAACAAAUUUAAUACUCAUACAUCAAAUACCAUAGGUGCAGCAUUCAUAACUAAAGAAUUUUCAUCCACUAACAACCCAGAAAAGAAAAUCAAUUUGGAAAUAUGGGACACAGCGGGCCAAGAAAGAUAUAGAUCAUUAACUCCAAUGUAUUAUAGAAAUGCUAAAGUAGCUUUAGUUUGUUUUGAUUUAAGUAAUUUUGAUCACACUUUUGUAACUGCAAAAUAUUGGAUUGAUCAAUUAAAUUUGAAUAAUAGUUCAUCCAUUGAUGAUGAUAUUGAAAUACGGCUUGUGGGGACCAAAUCAGAUUUAAUUGAGGAUAAUAUACUAAUAAAUAACGAAGUUGAAUCAUUUUUAAGUGAUAAGAAUCAUUCCAUUAAAGAAUAUAAUCAAACUAGCUCAAAGAAUGGUACGGGGAUAAUAGAAUUAUUCGAGAAUAUAAUCGACAAUAUAAGUGAAGAGUUUAUACAAAAUCAUUACGAGCUGUUAAAGAAACCUAAAGAUAAUAGUAUUGGAAGUAUGCUACAAUUUAGACAAAAUCAAUCGUCUAGUUGUUGUUAA